CGCAAGACCGCGUUUGGUUGCGCUGCUCGACGUGGCUCUUUCCAACUCGACGACGACGAUGGCGUGGCCGGAUGGAGUCCAGAUACAAGGACUCUUUGAAGGCAAGUAUAUGUCGUACGCCGUGAUCAUCGUCGUAGUCUUGUGCGUCAUCAAGUUUGCCUUGAAUGAGAUCAGCCCACGCACCGGCCGCGGCAAGCAAUCAACUGUCGAUGCCACAGCGUUGUACCCCUACGGCGUGUCAGAAAUGCAGGGCAAGCGCCCGUAUAUGGAGGACAGACAUACUGUCGUGGGGACUUUGAACGGUGACCCGUGGUCGACUUUCUACGGUGUUUUCGACGGACAUGGUGGGGAUGGCGCGUCCGAGUACUGCGUUGCUUCUCUUUGCUCCAACAUCACCGCCGACCCCGCCUUUGCUCACGACCCCAAGCUCGCGCUUUCGCGGGGGUUUGUCAAGACGGACAAAGAUUACAUCCAGCUCGCAGACCGGUACAACAAGGACGACGGCACGACGGCCAUCGGCGUGUUGGUGCGCGGGGACGCUAUCUACGCUGCGAACGUGGGGGAUUCUCGUGCAGUGCUGAUCAAGAAGAACGGCGAUGCCGUCCCGCUGUCCUCUGACCAUAAGCCGAACCGACCCGACGAACGCGAACGCGUGAACAGCAUGGGAGGUCAUGUCAUAUUUUGGGGCGUGUGGCGCGUGGAAGGCAUCUUGGCUGUCUCGCGUGCGAUCGGCGAUCGCAUGCUCAAGCCGUAUGUGAUUGCCGAACCAGAAAUAGUGGAGACGACGCGGUCGGACGAAGACCAGUGCAUUGUACUUGCCAGCGACGGUGUUUGGGAUGUUUUAUCGAACUCUGAUGUCGCCCGCCUCGUACUUCAGUCGGAAACCCCGCAGCUUGCGGCCAAAACUAUCAUGGAAUAUUCGUUUCAACGCGGGAGCCAAGACAACAUUUGCGCGCUGGUGGUCGACUUAAGUCGUGGAACGAAUACAGGAGCCAAGAGCAUGCGGGACAAUGUGUCGCCGCGUUCCGACGAACCAACCUCCUCUGCUCCUCCUUCAACCGCGUCGCGAGGUCUGGCAGCCGUCUCAAACGACGAUCACGACGACCUCAACACGACAGACGUCGACAGAGAUGUCCCGUCGGUGGAACUCGAUUAGACCAGGCGAAAUAGUACCACGACUUGCCCCGAGAACGAUUCAUGCAUGCACAUAUGUGAACACUGUCUGUCAACGCGCACGCCACUAAACCGUCGUGACUUGUCCCCAAGAGUGACAUUUACAACAUCGGCGGCAGUGAGGGCAUCGAAGCCAUGGACAUAGAAGGCAUGCGUGGGUGUUUAUUCCUGUCAUGACGUGGACCCGUUGUCGUGCAACAAAUGGCGAGGUUUAAACUGCGAAGCGACGAUACCCCCUUGACUUGCGAUCGAUUCCGUGUUGAAUCGAAGUUGCUUGAUGCCCUCUUGUUCCUUGGACCAUUUCUGCCUGUAGGCUUCGAGUUCAGGGCCACUCAUCGUGGCCGUCUUGAGCUCGCGUGGAUGGAACUCGCACGUUUUCGACGCUGGCACCCACGACGAAGGUGCAUUCAAUGUGUCUGGACCAACAAUAUUCGUGUAGUCGUAGCGUGGGUUCAGAUCAUUCUUCAGCGCAGGUCCAAAGGAUGGCUUGACGACGACACCGGCUUGCUGCAGUUGUGUGGACGUCGUGUACAUACUCGACGUAAACCCGCGCGACUUGACGACGCCUGGACGAUACGCUUCCUCGACAAAGUUGCCGAUAAGCGUGCCGCACUCAUACGACCGCUUCCCACCGCGAAGGAUGUUGGAUCCGCCGCCCGAAUGCUUGUUUUGCUUCGACAUUUAAGCAAAUGCCCAUCGUCGGGACGAAGCAUC